CCUGUUUUGGUCACGUGAUCAUCUCCAAUGUAAACUAAGAUGGCGGAUUAGUGCGUUUUCUUGUCAACAUCAUGUAAAACUACUAUUUUAACACACAAGUAGGUCUUGAGAGUUUGACCAUGGAAUGACAACAUUUAAUUACACGCAAACACGGAGACACAAUCAACAUGGCGGAUAGAGGAGAAUCUGCUAGAUCCAGAUCAGAAUUUACAAACUCCAAACCCCUUCCACCUAUUGGUUCAAAAGAUGAUGAUGGUGACCGUUCAGAGUCCCAGGCCACAGAUCGCUCCAGAUCAGUCGCUGAUGAUGACACAAAUUCAAAUGGAAACGCGUUUGACCGGCCAGGAGAGGGCGCUGCACGACCGAGAAUUGUUCGAGCAUUCCGGCCAGAGAUGAUAAGUGACGAGGAAAUGGAGAACGAGAAAAGGUUGAGAUCUGUCUCCUUUGAAGAUCAAAGUCUUAGAACAUUCAAAAAGAAGACGUACGAUGGCCGUGAAAUCAUGUUUGCCACCCUAGACACACAGACGGAUUGGGAUUGGGUGGAAAAGGAAGAAAUGAUGGAGAUUACACAGCCAGCAGGCACAUCAACCCCGGAUGGGAAAGAUGGUGCGUCCCAGUCACCUAAGCCAAGUAGUAGCAAGUUAGACAUUGCUGAUGAGAAGGCGACUCCGGACAUUGCAGCCUACCAGAUGCCUUACAGUGAUGAGUAUGGGAUCCCGAUUCUAGACCUCAGUAGCGACACAGAUGAUAGCUCAGAUGAGGAAUCAGUGCACAGAAAGGUGAAGGAUGACCGCACAUUCAUGCCCAGUGUCGGUCCACCAAACAUUUUACAGUACCAACGCGAGUCUGAAAAACAUGACAUUCCGGUUGAGGAUCCAGAAGAGCGAUUGCUCCCUGAUGAUGUAGAUACGGAUGAUAUGGGAAUCCCUCACGGCAUGUUCUCCGGCAAGUGUGAAUUCUGCAGUAGACCGAUAAAACCCUUCCCGACCGUGGAGAAACAACUCAAGAUGCCGCCAGAAAGCCUUUACUGCUGUAAUGAUUACCGAGAGUUCGUUGAGUUUGUCACAAGCACGAACAGAGAUAUGGAGGACGAACAGAGCAAGAAGACGAAGCUUAUAGACAUUAAACCUCACGAGCAUGUUGGGUCUAAACAGGAUCGAAAUGCUGCCAAGGAGAAAGCUGUACAAAGGAUGCGGGAACGCGAGAUACAGCGCAGACAACAGGAGGCCAGUGGGAUGAAGCAGGACUUCUUUGCAUCGGCUGCAAGAAUCGAAGCCCCUCAGAGCGCCAUGUCUACAAUGAAUAUACCCAACGCUCCAUUUGGGACUGCUGCUACUGUCAGCACCGGUUCCCCGCAGCGAUUCCUGGAAAGUGCAAAUUUUGCACGUCAGAUGAAGACAAUCAACUACCAGCUGUCUUCUCAGAAAUGUCUCGAUGAGGGGUGGACUGUACGCGCCCCAUCGCCACUCUUUGACGACCUUGGUGAUGAUGUUUUCACUCCCGAGCCCCUCAAUCCUGACAUGAUAGCAGAUGGAAAGCCAAUUGAAAAUGCUCCAGCAUUUAGGCCUGAUUCAGAAUUCUACCGCCAGCGUUUACGGGAAAGACCGCUGAUAGAGAAAUUCUACGAGUCUGGACAGAAGUUCCUCACCAUGUUUCCGGAUGGCACUGGCAAUGUUUUCUACCCGUCUGGCAACCUGGCACUGCUGAUAUCCUCGGUGAAGCUUGGUCAGUACAACUACACAAUUCACCAUGACUUACCCAAAUCAGGAGUGGCCGCUGCAUUCGAACCUAAUGGAUUGGGCUAUUGUCACUUUCCUAAUGGAGCUAUCAGGCUGUACUUAGACCAGUAUGGAGGCCUGGAGCUCGACCACGAGGGUGCCAAGAAGAGAAAAUGGAGCUGGAAGGACCAGGUGACCCACGUUCAUGCCCCGCCCUUCCAGCCCAUAUGUAUCGGUCUGAAUCGGGAGAUGGGCGUACGCGUGAUGACUCAGGAUAAUAUCACUCUGACAUUUAGCUCCAACAAACGUAGCUGCAGGUUUAACAUGGGCGCACGACUUAAGCUUGUUGCCCCGGAGAAUGCUCCGUUAAAAGAGGUGGAUGAAGGGCAUAUCUUCCUUGAGGAAAAGAAGGCGCAUGUUGAGUCAAUCCUCAGCAAGGUAGAGAAUCUACUUAAGUUCCCAAACAAUCCCAAACUAGACAAGAUGUUACCUCCCCUGCACGUGACCUCGCGCCAGGUGAAGACGGAGCGACUCAAGCAAGACCGAGCCUUGUAUCUUGCACAGCAGUCGGAACGGGACAAGAAACAAAACUCUAUACCUGCUAACUGACAAUAGACAUGUUAGCUUUCUUUAAAGACUUUGUACAAAAUUAGAACCCAAAACAAACCACUUUACCUUUUAACUGACUUGUGUCGAGUUUACUCUAUUGAUUAAGAUUUUAACCACAUUAUAAAUUGUGAAUAAAUGGACUUGAUGAGACACAAAACCAUUGUGUCAUAGUUUACACUGUUAUAGAUAGUUUAGAGACUUUGUACAGAAUUUGGACAAACAAACUUGUACAUUUUUAUUUUGAUAUUAUGUUAUAUGUUUUGUUAAAGUUAUAAUGAAUUGUUAAUAAUAUUAUUGUUAUUAUAAAAGGGUGACAAUGUUUUAUUUUUUUCUUCGAUAUAUAAAGUCACUUCAAUAUGGAACUAUCUGGUGCUGUGAUAUGAUGUUGAUUCUCAGUUAUAUUUAAUCGUCAGUGUUGAACUUGGUUUGUUAUGCAGAAUUGUCGUAUUUAACCAGAUUUUAUCUUUGUUUUGUUCUGGCAAUAAUUUCUCAAAUCUUUACUUAAGCCAGUUAAGCUUAAGAAGUUUCGAGAAAUUGGGGCCUGUUCCAUGAAUAUAUCUUGUUAAUGUUUACUCCAAGACGUUAAUUAUUUUAAUUAUAAAGAUUUCAAGAAUGUAGGUUGGAUUCGUUUGACCUCACCCAUGUUCCCUCACAGCACUCCCAUGACAAUACCAUAUUAUAUGAUCAUAAUUUUAAAUUUAUUUGAAAAAUACAUGGAGGAUAAUGCAAUUUGUUUGAUGAAUAAUUUCUAGUUACAAUUUCAAAGUUUUAACAGUUUUAGCUCUUUUUUCUAUAGAAAAAAAAAGUUGAGACAUUGUCCAAGUUUUGGCGUCAUUUUUUGUGGUGUCAGCGUCCAAAUGCAAAAUAUAUAACCUCAGCCAUAACUCAUGAACCAUUCAAGAUAUUCAAAUGAAGCUUGAUACCGACUUGCACAAUAUGUACCUGUAUAGCAAGGCCAGUAACUCUGGCUUAAUAAUGGAUGAGUUGUGUCCCUUCUUGACUGACAAAACAACACCAACAGAAAAACAAACUUUGGCCUUUGCUUCGUGGCGCUCUUGUUUCAAUUUAUGUCAUAACUUUUCUUUAAAAUUAUACAAUGUUGCCAUGGAGUUUUAAAGUUGCUUAUAUUGGUACAUGUAAUCUUAUAUACUUAAAGUGCACAAUUUUUUUUUAUAUUCUUGAAAUGCAAUGAAUCAUUGCAACCAAUGAAUUAGACUAGUUCAUUGCCUAUAAAUCCUAUCUGCAUUAAGGAUAUUUCCAUUUUACUCAUGUAUGUAUCGUGUUUUUGACUAGUUCAAGAUUAUUAUAUAAAAAUAUUACUUUAGCCAAAGAGAAAAACUAAUGUUCUACGUUAAAGAAGUGUUACUUUUAUUAUUUUCUAUAGCAGUGUGAUAUGCUUUUACAAGUUAUAACGUGGUUGAACACAUUAUUAAUUUAAGAUUUAUUAUUGCAAUUUAUUUUAUAAGUAUGACUGCCAAAUACCUUGUAUUAAAAACUAGUGCUUUAAGGCCCUGUGCAUAAUUUCUGUGAUAUUUAAGUAGUAUUGUCAUUAUUUUUAUGAUUCUUUUUUAUAUGUAUAGUUUAUAAUGAACCUUAUUAUAUAUCAUUGCAUUUGUCUUUAAGAUAAAAAAUGCCAAGAACUGCUGAAAUGCUAUACUGCUGAGCAAUUAUUCAAUGUUGUACAUGUAUUUGACCUGUAGGUAAAGGUCUGGCCCCAGUUUCUCCAAACAUCUUUAGUCCCUUAUAACAGGAUUGAGCUCAUUUCAAUAUUUCUGUAAUGGUAUUAUUUGUAUAAUAUUCACAUUCUGAAUGUUUUUGGACUUUAAAAAGGAAAUUAUGUAAUCUAAUCACGAAAAGCUUUUUUUGUUUGGUAUCAUCAAGAUUUAGUAAGAAACUGGCUUUAGGAAAUAAGCUACUUAAACUUGUUAUGCUAAAAAAGUUUCUAGAAAUUGGGGCACGGUGGUAACGAUGUCCGCCUCUCAUCAAAUGGGUACGUUCUCAGGGACCCUAGUACCAGGUUCUCUCCAGGAAACAAACUCCAAUGUGGUUCAUACCAGCUGUCAGCUAAAAUAGAUAAAUAUAAACUUAAACUGAGAAAAAAACUUGCAUAUAUUUUCUUGAAUAACGUUUUUGCAAUGAUAAGACAUGACUUGGUGAUGGACAAUAGAAAUAGCCACUCAUAAACUGGUGUUGCACACUCGGUCUUAUAUAUUGACAUCUUAAACUUAUAGGCUAUGUGAUAUAGGGGCAUCAGAAUUAAUGACAUAACCUUUGCUUAUUUUAAUAAUUUGUUUAUUAAGACUUUACUUAGUUCUUAAAAAAAUAUUUUUUUACAACUUUUUGUCAUUUAAAUCUUUACUGAAAUUUAUUGUAUUUCUUCUAUUGAAUGUUCUUGUGUUUGUAUGGGAUAAAAUGAAUUCUAAAGGUUUUCUUGGGGGAGGCUUUUCAAACAGUUUAUUGCUAUACUGUUUUCAUUUGAGAUUUAUGUACAUGGUUUAACUCUUCAUACCCCUGGACAAUGUCUAUUGGAACUAAAGGAAGAGGUUAAGAUUUUCUGACAUUUUUCAGUUAAUUUAAUUUUAACAUCUUUAUUCAGAAUUUGGAUUUUAUUGAUGGUAUAUGAAGGUAUUUGUACUUGUAUUCAUUUAUAAUGUUUUAAAAUAGUAUUUUCAUGAUGCCUAGGGUCCUUAUUCAUGAACGUAUUGAGUCUGGUUUUGCCACUUAAUACUCAAUCUUCGUUUUAUUGUACAAGAAAAAUAAUGGCAAAACUGGCCAUGUAAAUAAAAUGUUUAACAAUUAUUAUUUAAACUUGAUAUCAAAAACACUUUGAAAUUAAAAAAAUCACAUUUCUAAGUUUCAAACUCAGGCGCAAGAUGUUAGUAAAUGUUAACCUUGUAAUCUUUUUUGGCAAUUUAUUGAUUUUUUUCUGUGUUAAUGUCGGGUAAAACUUUUGAAUUUGAAAUUGAAGUUCAAAAUGUUAAUAUUAUAUACUUGUACAGAAUAGAUAACUUAUUUCUGUUUAGAGGUCGGGGCUUAUUAAUAUGCUUAUUUACAAUUUAAUUGCUUUCACAGUAAUUAUAGUAAUUAUAAUGAUAUGCUAAUUUGUAAAUCCAUCAUUUAUUUGGCUAAGGAUUAAAUGCAAAAACAAUAACAUAUCCAGGUAGUACAAACGAAAUAUAUAUAAGACAUAAAUAUGAUGUUCUGUAUGAAUCUGUUCAGAUGGUUAAGUGAUUUGAUAGGUACAGUAUCUUAUUUGAACCAUAGUUUGCAUAAUUCUUUGUAUCUUUCAUUUAAAAUUAUUCCUUUACUAAUAAAAAAAGAUAGUGUCCACUGUAAGCUUGGAUAUCACAUAAUUAUGUAAUACCACCUCAUAGUUAUAUAAUGUUACCAGUGUAGUUAUUUCUUGACAUUAUUUAUAUCAUAGUUAAGUUAGUAUCAUUCUUACAAACAUUUUCUGUGGGAUAAAGAAUACCGGUAUGCAGUAGUAUGCAUGGGUUACAUUUUUGAGUAUAAGGGAGGUUAUGUUUUUGUACAUCGUCAGCCACCACGCUACAUUUUACUUCAUUAUGAUAUCGUACACAUACGUAGUAGUGUAUCAGGGGUUUCCAAUGAUGUUGAUUGUAAUGACUUGGCUCUAUCCUUUCCACUGUAAACACUUUGAGAAUGAUGAAAAUUGUCUUGUUUGGAGUCAUUUUCUAUUAAUAAAUUGAAAUGGAAAUAAAGACGUGGAAACUAUCUCUUUUUACUCAGUAUGUUGAAAAGGUUUUCACCGUUUACCUAUAAUUUGUUUGAUAAUGCAAAGUGUUAUUGACGUCUCUCUUACGUGCAUUUAUUUAAUAAAAUUGUUCUACUGUACCAUA